UGAUGUUAGCAGUUAGUAAUUACAGUCUCAUCAAGCAACUUCUAGAUAUUGGUGCAGAUCCAACAGUUCAAGACCAAAAUGGAAACACCGUAUUGCAUCAUUUGUGUUCAACUACAUUAAAAAGAAAAAAGAAAGGAGAAAUUCUGGAGCUUCUGCUUAAAAGUGGGACGGAUAUAAAUGCUGUAAACCACGAAGGAUACACUCCUCUAAACCGAAUGAUAAAGGAAAAGACAAAUUUGAAUAUGGAAGAUAUUCAAGACUUACUUAUGAAAAAAGCUGGUCCAAAUAUAUGCCUCAAAGGAUGCAAUUCUCCGUUGAUAAAUUCACUUUUGAGAUGUAAACUGGACGUUGCUUCUUAUUUAUUGAAAGCUGGCGGGGAUGUAAAGCAUGAAGGAAAAUCUGGUUUGACUGCUCUUCAUGCCGUUUUAAACUUGGAGCUUACUAGCGGAUACAUCACAGGGCGAAUAGAGAUGAUUCAGAAACUUUUGGCAGCUGGUUCUGAUGUGAAUAAACGAGAAUUGGAAGGCAACACAGGAUUAAUGUUUUGUUUGAAAUCAUCGUGCAAGCGAAGAAAAGAUGAAGUACUGCCAGUAAAUCGAAUUCCUUUUGGAAGCUGGGGCAGAUCCUAAUAUCAGUGAUAUCUCCGGCGGACGGCCACUGGAAAUUAUUAUUAAAUCAUUAUCGAAGAGCAGGAAUGAAACGAAGAUUCAAGAAUUAGUCGAAAUGAUGUUUUUGUAUGGGGCAAAAUGCAACGAAUAUGAAAAAGGACAAGACUCUGUUUUACAUAUGGCUGUAUCCAACGGACUUCAAGGCGUUGUUCAGAUCUUGGUCAAUAGAGGUGCAGAUGUAAAUCAUAGGGGAAAGCAUCAACAGAUUCCACUUCAUCGUUAUUUCUCGUCAG